CAAGAAGAAGAAUUGUCGUCAUAUCCGCCUGUCAGCUUGUACACUUCCGGGAAAGAAAGAAAGACAACAUCGAAUACUCCGUGAACAAACAAAAAGACCUAAAAUACAUUGCUUUUACGGGUUUUAGUUCCUCUAAGACCUCAUUUGUCAUUAUGUUUUCCUUCCAUGUUUUUGACCCCCCAAUGGGCCGGGGCUUUCCGAACCGCUUCUCCACUCAGUACCGGUGCUACUCGGUGUCCAUGCUGGCGGGACCCAACGACCGCUCCGACGUGGAGAAAGGAGGCAAAAUAAUCAUGCCACCUUCUGCUCUUGACCAGCUCAGCAGGCUCAACAUCACGUACCCGAUGCUGUUCAAGCUGACCAACAAAAACUCGGACAGAAUGACACAUUGUGGUGUUCUGGAGUUUGUAGCAGAUGAGGGGAUCUGCUACCUACCACACUGGAUGAUGCAAAAUCUCCUGCUGGAAGAAGGUGGUUUGGUUCAGGUGGAAAGUGUCAAUCUCAUGGUGGCCACUUAUUCAAAGUUCCAACCUCAAAGUCCUGAUUUUCUGGACAUCACAAACCCCAAGGCAGUGCUGGAGAACGCACUGAGGAACUUUGCAUGCUUGACAACUGGUGAUGUUAUUGCUAUCAACUACAAUGAAAAGAUCUAUGAGCUGCGAGUGAUGGAGACCAAGCCAGAUAAAGCUGUGUCCAUCAUUGAAUGUGAUAUGAAUGUUGACUUUGAUGCACCUCUGGGUUACAAAGAACCUGAGCGGCGAUCUCAGAACCAGGAUGAACCCACGGAGGAAGAGCCAGACCCAAGCAGUUAUGCUGACAUGGACCUCGGAUUCAGAGCUUUUACUGGUUCUGGCAAUCGUCUGGACGGUAAAACAAAAGGGAUUGAGCCUAACCCUGUUCCUCUAGCAGCAAGUGACAUUAAAAGAGGAAUUCCCAAUUAUGAUUUCAAAGUUGGCAAAAUCACUUUCAUUAGAAACUCCCGACCUCAGCCCAGGAGAGUUGUCGAUGAUGAUGAUGCCCUGAACAAGUUCAUUGCCUUCUCUGGAGAGGGACAGUCACUACGCAAGAAAGGCAGAAAGCCUUAGAGCUGCAAGUGGAGAGUCAGGCCUAUGUGACGUCUAUUGUAGAGCUUUUAUGUAGAAUUUUGAUUAUAUUUUUUGAUUGAAAUUCUCAUAUUCUCAUUUGCUCAAAUAAAGCAAAAUUGCAUUCUGG